AUGUUGAACGAGAAAUUAAUUUUGUUGGUAAAAGAAAGAAAAUUGUUAUAUGAUUCGUGUGACGUUGAUUAUAACAAUAGAAUUAAAGUAAGGAAAGCAUGGCGGGAAAUAAAAAGAGAAAUGGGAAGUGAAAAUGGGCAACAUUGGGCAAAGAAAUGGAGAAAUCUACGUAACUUUUAUAAGAAAUUUAAGAAGCGUAGGGAAGCAUUGCCUAAGGUUAUUGGAGUGCAUAACAGGAAUUGGAAAUUAGCAGAGCAAAUGGCAUUUUUAGAUGAUUAUGAGCUGAUUAAAUUAAAUAAAACUAAUAAGACGAAAAACAGAGGGAAUUUGAUGGUUCCAAGUAACCCUCCGAAAAUGACUGAAAACAAUAAUGACACGGCAAAAAUUGUACAAUGCCUGCGUCGUGAAAAUUUCAAAAAAACCAAAUCGUCUGAUAUAUGUAAUUUAUUCAAAAGUUAUGAGAAUUUCUUGAAAGAUUUGCCGGUUCGGAUGCAACGUUCCUUCAAAUUCGAUAUGGCUUCAACUUUUGCUAAAUAUCAAUCACGUUUACUGAAGAGUUAUGGGGCGAUAAUGUUAUCUACGAAGCCAAUCGCUCAGAACCCCAAUCAGAAAUUUUUGUCUUCUGAAAUCCAAGCAUCAGAUGGGUCAGGCAUAACUCAGAACAGCCACCAUGAGUCCGUUUUCCAGCAGAGCAUGCAGCAGAUUGACAUCAUCAACUCUGCAACGACUACACCAAUCAGCCUCCUCGUCCAAUCCCUCGUAAAACAACUCUGCUCUCUUCUUGAAAAAGACAAUAUUAGAGCGAACCAGCUAUACAACACAAUAUGUGAAAAACUUCAUAGUAUGAAUCUUAUUGACGAUUCCUACGCCAUGGGUGAAUUCGAAGCCAUGAGGAGUCAAUAUCAGAGAGCCUUGUACCAACUCGUUGCUGUUGCUAACGGAACCGAAAUACCAAUAACUCUACCAGUUACAUGGCCAAUAGUUCAACCUUCAGGUCUGGAAUGGUCGAGAUACCACCGAGAGUUCGAGGAAUUAUACUUCAUAGCUGGUGGCGGUUUCGGAAGUGUAUUUAAAGCUCGCCAUAGACUAGACGGUGUUGAAUAUGCAGUGAAAAAAGUGUUCAUUAAGUCGUCAGAUGUCAACUCAAUUAUGCUGCAUUUGUCGGAGGUGAAAACCAUUGCAAGUCUAAACCAUCCCAAUAUAGUAAACUACAAAGCUGCUUGGUUGGAACCGAUGAUAGAAUCCAACAUUAAGAAAAGAUGCAAAUUUGAAAUGGAUACAGACAGCGUAGAAUUUGAUACCAAUAUAUCCUCUGUUCACCCCAACUUUAUAAACUCUUUCAAAACUCACAACUCAAAAGAUUUAAUAACAGACAAGAGCCUGUCUGACUUAAGUAUACAGUUUAAGAAUUCAGACAGUUUCGAAUUGGAAUUCGAGAAUAACGAUAACUCUCGUUCAAUUGAAGAUUUAGAAAAUUCCGACGACGAGUGUACUUCACCGGAAGAGGAGAAUGCCGUCGCCAAUUUUUACUCCGGUGAAGAAUUCGAGAAUUGCUCCCGAGUUAAUCUUAAAUGGGCCACUCUGUAUAUCCAGAUGACUUACUGCCAGCAAACUUUAAAAGAGUGGCUGGAUAACAGGAAUCAACACAUGACGAUUUCGAGGAAAGGUUCUGAGGAUUUUACUCUACAUCACAGCGACUCGACUGAAUCAGCUUGUCUCGAAUCUCCUGAUGUGACUUACCCAAUAGAUUUGACCCAUAUCGAUGUUCUUAUUGAUAUGUUCACGCAAUUGGUUAAGGGGCUUCACUAUAUUCAUUCCCGUGGAAUAAUUCACCACGAUAUUAAGCCUAGUAAUGUGUUUGUGGCUAAGAGUGAAGUCGGUUGUACCGUCCAACUGGGAGACUUUGGCUUGGCAUGUCCAUUGCAGCAAUCUCACAGUGGUCUUGCUCUGGGAACUCAUUUAUAUGCAGCUCCUGAACAAUUAGAAGGGGACUGUAAUCCUAAGAGCGACAUGUACAGUCUUGGCAUAAUACUUUUAGAAAUGGUGGAACCGUUCAGCACAGAUAUGGAACGAGUAAAAACCAUCACAGAUCUCCGAAAAGGCCAAAUCCCAGCGCACCUGACUGCGAACUAUCCAAAAAUCGCCCAUAUUAUAGGCAAACUUGUUCAACGCCGACCUGGCAAGAGACUUGACACUACCCAACUGCUAGAAGAACUGAAGAAUCUAGCAGAAAAUAAAGACAAUACAAUUAAGUUAUUGAAAGAGGAAUUGGCUGCAAAGGAUGACGAGAUAGCCAAAUUAAAGAUGAUGUUAGCUAAACUCAAUUUUCAAUGA